UCCGGGUCUUACUGAGCCCCAGGCGUAGAGCCGGAAGCCUCGCAUUCUGCUUCCGGUCUUGGGCUGGCGUCUCCGGCGCGGAGGUUUCUGGGAGCCUGGAGUUGCAAUGGUUCGUGGGUGAACAUCGGAGGGUGCUGCGUCGGUCCCCGCCAAGAGAAUAAAAGAUGACAACAGCAGCCAGACCGACUUUUGAACCUGCCAGAGGUGGAAGAGGAAAAGGAGAAGGGGAUUUGAGCCAGCUCUCAAAGCAAUAUUCAAGCAGAGACCUUCCCUCCCAUACAAAGAUAAAAUACAGACAAACUACACAAGAUGCUCCUGAAGAGGUUCGCAACCGUGACUUUAGGAGAGAAUUGGAGGAGAGAGAGAGAGCUGCUGCUAGGGAAAAAAAUAGGGACCGUCCGACCCGAGAACAUACAACUUCCUCUUCCGUGUCCAAGAAGCCCCGCUUAGACCAGAUCCCCGCUGCCAACCUUGAUGCCGAUGACCCUCUCACGGAUGAGGACGAUGAGGAUUUUGAAGAGGAGAGCGAUGAUGAUGACACUGCGGCUCUUCUGGCAGAGCUGGAGAAAAUCAAGAAGGAAAGAGCUGAGGAGCAGGCCAGGAAGGAACAAGAACAAAAAGCAGAAGAAGAGAGAAUUCGCAUGGAAAAUAUUCUGAGUGGAAACCCUCUCCUUAAUCUCACUGGCCCGUCCCAGCCUCAGGCCAACUUCAAGGUUAAAAGAAGGUGGGAUGAUGACGUCGUUUUUAAGAACUGUGCAAAAGGAAUAGAUGAUCAGAAGAAAGACAAAAGAUUUGUAAACGACACACUGCGAUCUGAGUUUCACAAGAAGUUCAUGGAGAAAUAUAUUAAGUAGUACAGUUUUAUGUGCUUAAUUAAAGUCUGAAAUGUUAAGGA